AUGGCAGGCCACGCAAUCUGCCGCAAAAUCCCCUCGGUGUACGACACCCAUUGUCUUGGACCUGGUCUGCUGCAGACUACUCCCGUAUGGAGUCGUCUCUACUGCCAGUGGCGGAGAUUUGUCGGAGAGGAUGAGAGAAAGGAUUACCCCGAGCCAGCGGGUGCAAAGGGCGCUGGACCGGACUCGAUGGCCGGUCUGACGGUCAUCGUCACUGGUGCCAACUCGGGUAUCGGUCAACAAGCUGCCACGAUCUUUGCCAAGCGUGGAGCCAACGUCGUUCUCGUCUGUCGCGACCCUCCACCUCACGAGCAGCAUCCCAACGACGUGAUCGACGGUAUUCUCAAAAAGCAUGCUCAUGUGAAGCGCGAGAAUUUGGAGUGGUGGAAGGUCGACUUUACCAGCUUUGACGACAUCAAGGCGUUUGGGGAAAAGUGGAGAAGCAGCGGAAGGGUGUGCGAUGUGCUGUGCAACAAUGCGGGAUCGGCCAUGGGACCCUUUAUCCACACCAAAGACGGUUUCGAAUUCACGCACCAGGUCAACUUUUUGGCGCACUGCCUCGUCACGCUGUACGUGCUUCCCAGCAUGAAAAAGGCGCGCGCACCGCGCAUCGUCAACACUUGCUCCAUCUUUCAUCACGCCGGCAGGUUGGACUUUUCCAACCUCAACUACGAGAAGCGUCAAAAACGAGGAUUGGGAGGAGUCAUGGCGUACUGCGAUACGAAGCUCUAUCUGCUCAUGUGGACGCGAGAGCUUCAGAUUCGCCUCUCGCGAUCGCAAGAGUACAGGCACGUCAUUGCGCACGGCAUUCAUCCCGGAUUCGUCGCUUCCAACAUUUGGAACCUGCCCCACAUUCGUGCCUUACCUCGUAUCCUCAUCUGGUUGCUGGACAAGCUGACCUCUUGGAAAGCUAUUCCACCUCAACAAGGCAGUCUCGCCAUCGUCAAUGCUGCCGUCAAUCCAGCGCUGGGCUUUUCGGAAAAGCAGCUGGCAAAGGGCACGCCGUUCAUCGGAGAGUCUGCCAAGAUCGGAGGCAAAUUCCUCAUGCGUCUCAAGGAGUCGGAUCAUAGGCCCGAAGUCAACGACCCCAUCGCCACUGCUCGCUUGUGGCAAAGAGUCCUCGAAGAUGUCAAGGCUGCAGAGAGAGGCGUCGCAGAUGACCUCCCUGGACCUGCCCCUGGUCUCCUGUAG